CGGGACACUCGGGGCGGAUACAAAAUUUGAACUACAGUUCCCAAGCCGUAGUACUUUUUUUUUUUUUCCUUGAGUUAGCGCAUUAACCUCCCGCGCAUGAGCCCUUCAAGUUUCCGGGGACAAGGUCGGCGUACUUCCUGUAGCAGGCGACAGGCUCAUGGCUUUCCUCCUUCGAGCUGUGCCAAGGCUGCAGGGGCCCGCUGCAUGGAGGAGGCCUCUACAGCAACUGUGGUGCCGUGCUGGGCAGGGGGAUUCCAUAAGGUGGGUGGGGAGCAGGUCUCCCCCCUCACAGGAGAAGCCACCAGGCACAGAGACUGAAAAAUUCCACACAAUCUACCGCUUCAAUGCCAUCAGAGCACUUGGGUUCCUGUCUCGGCUGAAGUUGGCACAGACAGCUGUGACUGUGGUGGCCCUGCCCCCAGGCUUCUACUGCUACUCACAAGGCCUCAUGACCCUCAGCUCACUGGGCCUUAUGAGUGGGAUUGCCAGCUUUGCCCUGGUCAUGCUGUGCUGGAUGAGCCACUUCUUCCGGAGACUGGUAGGCAUCCUCUAUGUGAAUGAGUCAGGUACCUUGCUUCGAGUGGCCCACCUGACCUUCUGGGGCUGGCGACAGGACACAUACUGUGCCGUGUCAGACAUGAUACCCCUGUCAGAAUCCGAGGAACGGGUCCAGGAUGUGUUCGUGCGUAUCCAGCAGUACAGUGGCAAGCAGACCUUCUACCUCACCCUACGCUAUGGCCGAAUCCUGGACAGGGAUCGUUUCUCACAAGUAUUCGGAACCCUGGCCACACUCAAGAACAGCAAGUAGGCCGUUGUAGCCCUGGUCAAGAACAUGGAUGAGACAAAAGCUAAUACCAGGGACUGGGCUGAUGCUCACUUUGUAGACUGCUUGCCUAGCAUGUAGGACUUCACAUCCUGGGUUCAGUCCCUAGUACUGCAUAGAACCAGCCAUGACUGUGCCUGCCUGUACUCAAUACUGGUGACAUAGGCAGGUGGAGAAGUUCAAGGUUGCCUUGGGCCAAAAAGGAAGGCAUUAACCAGCUUUAGGAAAAAGCCCUUAGUGGAACAUUAUACUAUAUAGGACAUCCUGUCAGAUAGUGGCCAGAAGUCUCUAUGAAGAGGCAGUUCCUAGAGGAGCACUAUGCCAAGAUCGCCGAGGCAGCCCGCUGCUGUGAAGCUGCAAGGUGGGAGGGUUGGCAGAGGAGCAUAGGAUGUGGAGCCUGGGGACUUGGGUUCUGCUGAGCCUUAGUUCCUUGACCUGGGACAGGGUAUUGAGUUCCUGAACCUUGAAUUGCACUCUGAGAUGGAAGACCCUUCCUCUCAUGAGGACGGAUAUGAAAAUAAUAAUGGCUGUGGCUGUGGCUUUGUGACAGAGCUCUUGCCUAGCAUGUGUAAAGUCCUAAGUUCCAUACCAGCACCAUGAACAGGCAAAACCAGUGUGUAAGGUAAGCAGCCAGAAGUUACAACGUAGAGCAAGGCUUCCAGGCUGCCACUGGGGUCCAUCACUGGUCCUCAGGCUCACCAGCUGAAUGGCCACAGCUAAAGCCCAGAGUGGACUUGUUUCUCCCGUCAGGAAGUCACUGUACACCAACUGAGGUAGGAGCAGCAUCCCCUGAGACUACGUGAUCACCAGGAGAUCUGGGGUGCUCACACUCAGCUUUGCAGGGUCAUUGGGGCAGAGGGACUCUGUCCAGGCAAUAAUUCUUCAUCUGAGGGACACUGUGUGCUGCUUUUCACAAUGAAUAACAAGCACAUGCUUAUUAGGUGAUUGUACCUGGAUUAAAGGAAAGCAGCCCUGGUCUUUGUAAUUUGUCCAUCAGAAUGCUUUGUUUUGUAACUGUUUAAUAAUUUCCUUCCCUUAAGAAAUUUUCUUUUGGGGUGGAGAGAUGGCUCAGAGGUUGAGAACACUGAUUGCUCUUUCAGAGGUCCUGAGUUCAAUUCCCAGCAACCACAUGGUGGCUCACAACCAUCUGUAAUGGGAUCUGGUAUGCUCUUCUGACAUGCAGAAAUAUAUGCAGAACACUGUGUAUAUAAUAAAUCUUUAAAAAGAA